AUGCGGAGAUUCUCCUGCGACUACCGCUAUCUCCUUCUCAUUGCCGCCUGCCCCUUCAUCUACUUCCAGAUGCGCCUUUUUGCUGCUCAAUCACAGUAUGCUGAUCGGCUUGCUGAUGCUGGUUUUGACAUAAUUGUAUCAUAUAGCGACCCUUCUGGUGAAAUUCAUGUUAGAAGUGUCAAGUCUAAGGACCUGUCUGCUUCAUGGGUAUGGAAAAGGCCCGGAAAUGUGAAUCAUGAUCGAACAAGGACCACCUUGAUAGAACAGGACCCAGUUCAACCUAAGCUAAGCUCUAAGAACAAUGAUGAUUAUUCUGGUAGUGAUAGUUUGUUUGGAGCUGACAUACUACAGACACGGGCAAAAAUUGUGCAUCCUGUGAAACUUAAGAGACAGAUGCUACGAAGGGAACGAAGGCGAAUGCGCUCUGCGGAUCUUAUGAAACAAGACAAGAAGAUUGAUAGCCAGAUGCAAGAAGCUGCCAUUGAAAGAGCAGCAGAGCUUGAUACCACUAUCAAGGGUAAAUAUGGCAUAUGGAGGAAAGAGUACGAGAACCCCAACUCUGAUUCGACAGUGAAACUUAUGCGUGACCAGAUUAUUAUGGCAAGAGCUUAUGCAACAAUUGCCAAGGCUAAGAAUGAGACGGCACUUUAUGAUUCUCUAAUUAAACAUUCUUUAGAAAGUCAACUUGCUAUUGGAGAAGCAACAACUGAUGCUGAACUUCAUCCAAGUUCACUUGAUGGAGCAAAAGCUAUGGGUCACAUCCUCGCUACAGCAAAGGACCAGUUAUAUGACUGCAUUUUAAUAGCAAGAAAGUUGAGAGUGAUGCUUCAGGCAAGUGAGACGAGUGUUAGUUCUUUGAAGAAGAAAAGUUCUUUUUUGAUACAGCUAGCCGCCAAAACAGUUCCCAGACCAUUGCACUGCAUUCCCUUGGUUCUCACCACAGACUACUACCUUCGCAAGUAUGAAGAAAGAGAAUUUCCUAACAAAGAGAAACUUGAAGACCCUUCUCUAUACCAUUAUGCCAUCUUUUCGGACAAUGUACUGGCAACAUCUGUUGUUGUGAACUCCACGGUGAUACAUGCAAAAGAGCCAGAAAGGCACGUUUUCCAUAUAGUCACGGAUAAGCUCAACUUUGCUGCUAUGAAGAUGUGGUUUUUGGUAAAUGCACCUUCGGGUGCAGUAAUUCAGGUGCAGAACGUGGAUGACUUUAAGUGGCUCAAUUCAUCAUACUGUCCUGUUCUGCGCCAACUCGAAUCGGCAAGAAUGAUAGAGUAUUAUUUCAAGGCACACCAAUCGUCAUCCCUUACUUCCGGGACUGACAACCUUAAAUACAGGAACCCGAAAUACUUGUCUAUGCUGAAUCAUCUCAGGUUCUAUCUUCCUGAAGUUUAUCCGAAGCUGGAUAAGAUAUUGUUCUUGGAUGAUGACAUUGUUGUUCAGAAGGAUCUUACGCCUUUGUGGUCUGUUGAUCUGAAAGGGAUGGUGAAUGGUGCUGUCGAGACCUGUAAGGAGAGCUUCCAUAGAUUUGAUAAGUAUCUCAACUUUUCUAACCCGAAGAUAUCUUCCAAUUUCGACCCUAAUGCUUGUGGCUGGGCGUACGGCAUGAAUAUCUUCGAUUUGAGAGAAUGGAGAAAACGUGACAUUACUGGAAUUUACCAUCGUUGGCAGAACAUGAAUGAAGACAGGACUCUUUGGAAACUCGGAACACUUCCUCCAGGAUUAAUAACUUUCUACAAAUUAACACACCCACUGGAUCGGAGCUGGCAUGUUUUGGGAUUGGGAUAUGAUCCUGCCCUUAACCAAACCGAAAUCGACAAUGCUGCAGUUGUUCAUUAUAACGGAAACUAUAAACCAUGGUUGGAUCUUGCCAUUGGGAAGUACAAAUCUUAUUGGUCUAGAUAUGUCACUUUCGACAACUUUUAUUUACGGCUAUGUGACCUCAACGAAUAA